AUGUCUGUAACACCAACAACAACAACAACACAAUCAAUCAAUGAUGUUAUACAACAACAACAACCUACAUCACCAACAAAGUUCAAGUUGUUUUCAGGAUUUGCAUCUGGUAGUUUAGCAUCAAUUACUGCAACAACUUUUACAAAUCCAAUUGAAUUAGUAAAGACAAGAUUACAGUUACAAGGAGAAUUACAAGUAUCAGCUAGAAUUUAUAAUGGUAUAGGAGAUGCAUUUUUUAAAAUAUGGAAAACAGAAGGAUUGAUUGGAUUUCAAAGAGGAUUGUUCCCAGCCUAUUUGUCACAAGGAACACUCAAUGGAUGUCGGCUGGGAUCAUAUGAUAUAAUCAAAAAGUUUGUUGGUAUUACCGAUGAGAGAACGGCUACUUUUUGGCAAAAUUUGGCGGCUGGUGCUGCUGCCGGUGCCUUUGGAGCAUCGAUGGGAUCACCAUUUGAUUUGGUCAAGGUCAGAAUGCAAGCUGCUAGAAUGUUCCCAAACGACCCACAAUUUAAAGAUUACAACUCUACCUCGAAUGCAUUUAAAAGUAUCAUUCGAAAUGAAGGUUAUAGAGGUUUGGUUCGUGGUAUGGCAACCUCUGCGCAGAGAACCGCAGUCGGUUCAUCCAUCCAGCUCAGCACCUACUUUGAAUCAAAGCGUAUGGUCAUGAGUACUGGACUCUUCACCAAAGACGGCAUCGACGCACAAUUCAUGGCAUCGUUAAUUGCAGGUCUCUUUGUAACAAUAGGAAUGAAUCCAUUCGAUGUAGCACGUACUAGACUUUAUUACCAAGGUAAAGGUAAUACCCAUGGUGAAAAAUAUAAAAGUUUAGUUGAUUGUAUUUAUAAAACUGUAAAAUAUGAAGGAUUUUUCGCAUUGUAUAAGGGAUUCCUUGCACAUUAUUUAAGAUUGGCACCACAUACAUGUCUGACAUUGGUAUUUUGGGAACAAUUUAAAGAUAUGUUUGACAAGGUUGAAAAGAAAUAUAUAUAA